UCCCUCCUCUUAAUCCACCAAACCCUUUCUUCUCCAUCUAUCAACGGCACCUUAAUUCCACCAAUACGCAAAACUCCUCCAUUAUUUUUUCCAUCGACUUUUGUCAUCAUCUACUUCUCUCUCAACCAAGAAAAUCCCCAAAAAAUACAUCAAAUGUUUUAGCAACAAAACCCAGCAGGAGAAAAGUCAACACUUCUGAGCUCUUUUAAAGGUUACAGAAACUUAGGAGCAGAGGAAGGGGAGGAGCCAUCGCAGCUUGGCGCUGCCGUUUUCGCCCUGCUUUCUUCAGCAAAUAACCCUUGAAAAAGAGACAGAAUGAGCGGAGCGGGAAAGGUGGUGUGCGUGACAGGAGCAUCAGGAUACAUAGCUUCAUGGUUGAUCAAGAUGUUGCUUCAUCGGGGUUAUACCGUCAAAGCUUCCGUUCGUGACCUCAAUGAUCCAAAAAAGACAGAAUUCUUGAUGGCACUGGAUGGAGCCAAGGAAAGACUUCGCUUGUUUCAGGCAAACUUACUAGAAGAGGGAUCCUUUGAUGCAAUAGUUGAUGGAUGUGAAGGUGUUUUUCAUACUGCAUCUCCACUCCUUCAUCCAACGAGUGUGACCAAUCCACAGAUAGAGCAAUUGGAUCCUGCACUAAAGGGGACACUGAAUGUGCUGCGAUCUUGUGCUAGAGUUUCAACUAUCAAAAGAGUGGUUUUAACAUCUUCUAUGAGAGCAGUGACAUGUAAUCGGGAACUAAAGGAUGGUGUUGUAGUUGAUGAAAGUUGGUUUGCCGAUCCAACAUACUGUGAGGAGCGCAAGUUGUGGUAUCCACUAUCAAAGAUUUUGGCAGAGAAUGCUGCUUGGGAGUUCUCAAAGGAGCAUGGUAUUGAUAUGGUUGCAAUCAUACCAGGAAUGGUCAUUGGUCCCAUCUUGCAGCCUUAUCCCAGUUUAACUGCAGGAAUGGUCCUGAACCUAGUAAAUGCUGCAUCAUUCUAUACCGCGCGCAUGAGAUGGGUUGAUGUUAGAGAUGUUGCCUAUGCACAUAUUCUAGCCUUUGAAGUCCCUUCUGCCAGUGGAAGAUAUUGUGUAGUUGAGGGAUUUGCACUGUGGACUGAGUUUAUCAAGACUCUGAAUGAAUUGUAUCCUACUCUCCAAUUGUCAGAUGAGUGUUCUACUAGUACACCCCUAGUUGAGCCAAACUACGAAAUAUCAAAUGAAAAAGCAAAGAGUUUGGGGAUUGAGUUCAUUCCUUUCAACAUGAGUGGAGCUGGGAAAGUGGUGUGUGUGACUGGAGCUUCGGGUUACAUCGAUUCAUGGCUGGUGAAGCUGCUUCUAGACCGCGGUUAUACUGUCAAAGCUUCUGUUCGUGAUCUCAAUGAUCCAAAUAAGACAGAAUUCUUGAUGGCACUUGAUGGAGCCAAGGAAAGACUUCACUUGUUUCAGGCAGACUUACUAGAAAAUGGAUCCUUCAGUGCUCUAGUUGAUGGCUGUGAAGGCGUAUUUCACACAGCAUCUCCUGUUCUGCUUUCUGUCAGCAACCCUGAGGCAGAGCUAUUGGACCCUGCAGUAAAGGGAACACUAAAUGUGCUGCGCUCUUGUGCAAGAGUUUCAUGUAUCAAAAGAGUAGUAUUAACAUCUUCUAUGGCUGCCGUUGCAAACAACCGAGAAUUAAAGGAUGGUGUGGUAGUUGAUGAGAGUUGGUUUUCAGACCCGUCAUACUGUGAAGAGCACAAGAUGUGGUAUGUACUUUCAAAAAUUUUAGCAGAGAAUGCUGCAUGGCAAUUCACAAAAAAGCACGGAAUUGACAUGAUUGUGAUUAAUCCAGGAAUGGUUAUUGGUCCUAUCCUGCAGCCUUUUGCCAGUCAAAGUGUAGGAAUAAUCCUGAACCUAGUAAAUGGAGCUGAUUCGAUCAAGGGUGCACCUUUUGGAUGGGUUGAUGUUAGAGAUGUAGCCUAUGCACACAUUCUAGCCUUUGAAAUCCCUUCUGCCAGUGGAAGAUAUUGUAUAAUUGAGAGAUCUGCUCACAUCUCUCAGCUCACCAAACUUCUGCGAGAACUUUACCCUACUCUCCACUUACCAGAUAUGUGUUCUACCAGUGGCAAUUCCCAACACCCAGACUAUGGAGUAUCAAACAAGAAAGUUAAAAGCUUGGGAAUGGAAUUGAUUCCAUUGGAUGUCAGCCUAAAGGAUACCAUUGACAGCUUGAAGGAGAAGAACUUAGUUAGUCUUUAAAUAAUAGAAAUGAUUUUUUGUGAAUCAACUACUGAAUAGAAAAUUGUUACAUGUUCUCAAAACUUUCCUGCUUUAAACCCUCCACAUGCUUAUUCCAGUUUGGCAAAACUUCUUUUAACAUUAGUGUCCAAAUCCCAUCCUUGGUGUCCAAAUUGACAAGUGCAUAUUUUGAGUGUUUUAAGUGUAUUUUAUUAUUUAGUUU